AAGAAAAACAAACAAAUCUCAGUAACCAUUUGUUGCUUUUGCUCAUGUUUGUUUCAAAAAAGUUCACCAAAAUGUCGCAACGUCCAAUUACCGCGAAGAUCGACACGGGGCUAUCCAAAUCAGUCGGCGCUCGACAAACCACGAAUCUAUCUCGGAAAAGUUCCCACACAGUCACAAAUGUUCCCACCAGCUCAAGACUGCCCAUUCCCCAACGACCGAAAAGUGCAAGCCAUUGUUGCGGUGCUACGGAUUCACCGGGCAAACGGCCAUGGUCCAACAGUGUGCUGAUCGAAAACAAACCGUCGACUGGUUCCUGUGGCAAAAACGAUGCCAAACCAAGUCCGAACCGUAAAUUGGGUUACAUCCCGCCCUACAUCCGGAAAAGGCGUUCAUCAACGUCGGUCGAUAAAGUGAAGGUAGAAGACCGCCUCGAGGACGAAACUCCUCCACCGCUGGUGCCAAGCGAGAAUGGUCAACAGAAUCCGGAAAGGCGCCUACUCAGACAGCGAACAUUCGACCAAAAAGAGCGUCAACAACUAGAGGAAGCGCUCAAAGAACUGACGGAAGAGAAAAAGAUGCUCGAGGCGCAGAAUCAGUGGCUCAAGGAGGAAUCCGAGUCGAGGCAGCAGAUAAUCGGAACGGAGAACCAGCGAAACAAGCAACUGGAAGCAAUGAUUCGCGAAAUGUCCGAAGCGAUGAGCAGACUGCAGUGUGAGCAAUUAGCUUCCAAGGAAACGGUCGAAGAGUUAAGUCCGACCAGGAACGAGCUUUUGGAACAAAUUGAUUCACUAAAGGCGGAAAAUGAAUCGUUGAAGAAGGAGAUGGAAUCGUUGCAGAUUCAGUCCUUUGAGGAUAUCGUUAGCAAUCCGGAGGAGAAAAAACUCGACGAAACGAAGAUGAUCGGGCUGUUGCAGCGAGAUCUGCAAAAGUAUCGAAUGGCUCGACAAAAAUUGAAAGAAAUCAUUCAAAGUCUAGUGGUGGAGAAUCAACAGUUACGGGAUUCUAUUGCGAAUCAUCGCAACGAAGGAUCUACCGAGUGGGGACAACGUGUCGGGCAUGGCAGCGGCGACGAAGAAGUUGUCGACAGGACGGACUUUUUUGAAAAUUUUAGGAAACAUAAACGGGAGCAACAGAAGCUUAUCGAAGUGAAGAAAUACAACUCGUAAACUUGUUGAUAGGGGUGUCAAGUUGAUGAAGUAUUUAUUUUUGAUUCACAAAAUAUAAAAAAAUUCAAGUUUUUUUUUUUAAU